AUGGGUGGGCAAGAUUCAAAAGCCCACAUUUUGGACUUGUUGAACGAACUUGAGUUGGAAACUUAUCCGCAAUACGCUCAGAGAAUUACUGUCCACUGGAGAGGGAAACCCAUUAGAAAGUUUAAGGCCACGAUUCCCCCUUUGAAUAUUUUUCGUAACGAAAAAGUUAUAGUCUUAUUGGAUCUUCAUUUUAAUGGAAUUUCUGCGACCGACAAAUUGAGCAAAGGCAUCGACGUCGAUCACCAUCAGAAAAAAUGCAACGUAUCUGAUUCAAUAACCGUUGACAAAUGGAUUAGUUCCAAUGUGCACAGUAAGACAGUCAAAGAACUUUACGAUUGUGCUAUAAGAAUGAUAUUGGGCGCUGAAGGAAAUGAAGUCUCAUUGUUACAUUAUCUGAGUGUAAUCAAGGCUGGGGGUGGCAUCUUGAACCUGUCCGAAACUCGAGAUGGUGCACAAGAGUUCAAGAUUAAAGGUGGAGCAUACCAAGUACCCGAGAGUCUUCAACGCAAAUUACCUGAAGGAUGUAUUUUCUUCCAACGUCCAGUUACGCGAAUCAAGAACCACAAGGACAAAGUAGAAGUGUAUUCUGGAGAUUACAAGUUUGAUGGCGAUUAUGUAGUUGUGGCUAUUCCUCCCACUGCGCAGGCUACGAUUUCUAUCGAGCCAUUUGUCGGAUUGGCCAGAGCUAAGAUUGUCGACGGUUGUAACGAUGAUGCUUCUCUUACGGCCUUGUUAGUAUUUAUUACUGGGAAGCAUGCAAUUGAACACACCAAGCAUCCGUAUGAAAAAACCAAACCACGAAUUCUUAGUCAAGUGGCUCAAAUAUUCUCAUAUGAUCAGGCCGCUCAUCCCAUUGAUUAUAUUGAGAAGAAUUGGCUGCUGGACGAAUGGAGUGCUGGAGCUCCAUCUGCAUUAUGUCCGCCAGGAACGCUAAUUUAUUAUGGCGAAGCAUUCCGAAACCCGAUUGGGCGAAUGCAUUUUGCUGGUACUGAGACUGCAACCCAAGACAUAGGGUAUAUUUCUGGAGCAGUACAAGCUGCUGAAAGAGUUGUUUCUGAAAUCUUAAAGCAUGAAGGCGUCGAUAAUGACUAA